GUGCUGGCGGCGGCGAUGGCGACGCUCAUGGCGGUGCUGGCGCGGCCCUUCCGUCGCGGUCCUGCCGGCCUGGGGCUGCGGCUCCGGCGGGAGGCGACGGGCGGCCCGUGGGGCCGGGGCCGGACGUGGAGCGAGGUGCUUAGAAAAAGCCUUCAAAGGGGGCUUGUGCUUUCAACAGGGUCCUUCUUGGCUUAUGAAGCUCAUAAGCUGAUUUUUGGCUUUGCUGAGGUUCAUGCAAGCUUCAAAGUGGAAGAAGUGAUAGAACAAGCAGACUACCUGUAUGGGAGUGGAGAAACUGAAAAGCUGUAUCGGUUGCUGGUUCAGCAUAAAAAUAGUGAUGAUGCGGAGUUGUUGUGGCGGCUGGCACGUGCAUCACGAGAUCUAGCUCAGCUUAGUAGUACUUCUGCAGAGGAGAAGAAACAACUGACGUAUGACUCCUUUGAGUAUGCAAAAAAGGCUCUUGAAAAAAAUGAAUCAAAUUCUGCAGCGCACAAGUGGUAUGGAAUUUGCCUCAGUGAUGUUGGAGACUAUGAAGGAAUCAAGACUAAAAUUGGAAAUGCUAUUGUUAUCAAGGAGCAUUUCCAGAGAGCCAUUGAACUAAAUCCAAAAGAUGCUACAACAAUUCAUCUUAUAGGGAUUUGGUGUUACUCCUUUGCUGAAAUGCCAUGGUACCAAAGAAAAAUUGCUGCAACGCUGUUUGCCACACCGCCAACUUCCACGUUUCAAGAGGCUCUACGUUACUUUCACAUGGCAGAGGAAGCCGAUCCAAAUUUCUACAGCAAAAAUUUGCUCUUUUUGGGGAAGACGUACUUGAAGUUAAACAAUAAAAAGAUGGCUCUUCUCUGGUUAAGCAAAGCAAAGGAGUAUCCUGCACAGACAGAAGAGGACAAACAGGUACAAAAAGAAGCUUUGGAGCUGCUUAAUUCUAUAUAAGAAGAAACAAGACAAUGGGAAUUCAGUGCCUCAGGUUUGAGCAGCAUAGGAAAAAGGCCCCAAAUACUACUUUGGUUUAUUGAAGCUGUUAAUAAAAGUACAGCCCAGACCUUCUAUCUCCAUAUCAUUUCAAUUACGCUGUCAACUAGAAGAUGUUUCAUUAUGUAAUCGUCUCUGCUGAUUUGUAUGGGAAUGAAGGGCUUUAUGGACAACCAAGGAAUAUAUAUAGGAUAUAUUAGAGGGAAAAGGCUGGGAGAGGAGUUGCACAGGUUUUUAAUUAAGUUUUUUACACUCUUAAACUACAAGUUGUAUAUGAGGAAUAAUAAGAAACAUGAUUAGCAUAAGUUUAAAAAAAGAGGGACAAGGCCAUAACAAUUUUAAUUCUGCAAUUUUUUCUAGAGCAUUUUGCUGUGGGGUUCAGUGGUCUUCAAGAGUAAUAGAUGUUCACAUUAUUACCUGCUCUUACAGAUUUCUCUUUAAGCCUGCACCAUCUUAAUUCCAGUACUCUUAAAUGCUAGUGUUUG